CGUGCGCUCGCCAGUGUCUGGCAUUCAUUGUGAAAUUGCAAAUCAAAAUUGAAACAAGCACAAAGCAAGACGGUUAAACGGAUUUCAAAGCGCGCAGCGUCAACGUGAAAAGAAUUUCAUAAGCAAAAGUUAAUAAAGCGCAAAUUGCCAAAAAGAUUCAAAACCAAUAAACUGACUAACGCUAAUAACACAAGCAACAACAGAGCAGUGCUACCCCAACAAAAAAGACAAAAAGUGUGCGACAACCAAACACACAAAGUGCAAACAGAAGCUUCAAAAAUAGCUCAAGCUUCAGCUCAAGUGACAAGCCCAGAGAUUAACAAAUCCAAUAUGGUCGUUGAGGAAUCAGCCAACAUGCAUCAUUAUCACCACAACGACAAUCUCGAGCUGGCCGAGUGCGCCAUGCCCAUCGGACGUACCGUUAAAACGGCUCUGCUGCGAGCCCAAUCAGAAUCUCGUGUGAUUGUCGGCCUGUCGGCAGCCAUCAAUACGCUGUCCAAGUCGCCGGAGGGUUCGCUCUUCUGCCUGAUGGCCGUGCCCAAGGCUGGCGAUUCGGCCACACACAUGCACGAAGUGCUGCUGGAGGCGUUCUGCUAUGAGAACGACAUCUAUGUGAUUAAAGUGGACGAUGCCACCAAGCUGAGCCGCAUUCUGGGCCAGGAGAGCAUCGAGUCAUGCUGCCUGGUGCAGAAGACCUGGAGCGGCGAGCAGAGCGAGGAGCAGCUAAACAAGGCCGAGAAUCAACUGGUCGACUACUGCGAAGCCCAUUGGGAUGCACCGCAACAUCCCAUUGUCCAGCUGCCGGCGGUAUAAGUCCUGUUGAGAAAGAGACAGAAGUUGAACAGCCCGUCACAGUGGGCAAAACAUGGUUUUAAAGGAAACAAACACAACCAGUUAAGACAAGGUUAAUGUACCCGAACGUUUGGAGAGUUCUGCGGAAACCGACGUUGGGACAUAUCCCAAUUAUAUAUAUCAACUAUAUCAUAUAUAUACAUAUGUAUAAGUGUAUAUGGAAGGAGGAGAAGGAGGUGGAGUCGCAGCGAAAGCAAAAGUAGCUGCGACACGGUGGUCAAUUAUCUAUUAUGCUAGAUGCUAGAGGAGAGAGCGAGGCAGGCGACAACGACCUUCGUUGGAGCAGCGCAGCAACAGACGAGAAUGGAGCAGAACACACAGCAGCAGCAACAAUCACAACAACAACAAACACAUGGCUGCUGCGGAAGUGCAUGCACUCUCGCUCACUCUCCCUCUCUUUGAUCUGGCAGCAAUUUCGCAACCAGAGGCAAACCAACACACACACACACAC